GUGGUUAACAUCAAUCCAAAAAAUUGGUUCAAGAACCUUUAAUAUUGUUUCAUUCGCGAGUUUUUCGUGAUUGAAUUGUUUAGUUUAAUAAUUAUUAAAGCAAAAUCAUUAAACAUGUCUUCGGCGUGUUGUGGUACUAAGAAGCAGAAGAUGAACAAUUCGUAUAAUGGUAUAGAUCGACCUUUAAAUGGGUACCAAGAAUCAGUGGCUAUUCCUGAUAUGUGUUACUUUUGUUUCGAUGUUUUGUAUAGUCAGCUGCAUAGUAUGGACCCUCCACAAACGCCAAAUUUUACCAACGAUGCCUACCCUUUGUUUGUUACCUGGAAGAUCGGGAAGGAGCACCGGCUGCGGGGCUGCAUUGGGACAUUCAAUGCCAUGCAUUUGCAUUCUGGCCUCCGCGAGUACGCGAUAACCAGCGCCCUCAAGGACUCUCGCUUCACGCCCAUCACUCGCGAGGAGGUCCCCCGCCUCACGGUAUCCGUGUCCAUCCUGCAGCACUUUGAGGAAGCCGAGCAUUACCUGGACUGGAAGCUUGGGAAGCAUGGCAUCAGGAUCGAGUUCAUCAGCGAACGGGGGUCGAAGCGGACCGCUACUUAUUUACCACAAGUUGCUACUGAGCAAGGUUGGGACCAAAUCCAAACAAUCGACUCGUUGCUCCGCAAAGGUGGCUACAAGGCAGCCAUCACCGGCGACAUGAGACGCAGCAUCAAGCUGACCCGCUACCAAUCCGAGGAGAUAUCUGCCUCCUACAGCGACUACAUCGUCCAGCGCUGCUAGCACCAACCUCUCCGUCUCCGGGGCCCGGUGACUCACACCUCAUCUCAGUUGCCCCGGAGGCCUAACAGUUCACCACUUUCUAGAGGUUAUAAGAUGGAAAACAGUUCUCAUCUAAGUGGUUAUAGUGCUAAGUUAGUAUCUAAGUGUACCCUAGUGGCAUGAUCAGAUUGUGGUCAAAGUGAACGCGUGUCUUAAACAACACUGCCAUCGACAUUCCGAACACCAAAGUUUGAGUAAUGUAUGUGUGAGUUAUUUUAUGUUAAGGCGGCGGUUUGGCGGGAAUGAUUUUAAAACAUCCUAAUUUUAGGUUAUC